AUGACGAAUCCCGAACCCAGGGUUCUUGAGCAAGUCAAGAGUCAUGCCACAGAGAUUGAGCAUGCACAAAAGCCAGUGCCUAUCGUCGACAAAGUCGACUACUCGGGAGCACACGAGAAGACCGACCCAAAGGAAAUUGCUCUUGUGAAGAAGCUCGACCGUUGGAUCAUGCCAAUGCUGUGGAGCAUGUACUGGCUCAACUAUCUUGACCGUAAUGCCAUCGCGCUUGCUCGUUUGAAUGACCUGGAAAAAGAUUUGAACCUGAAGGGAGAGCAAUACCAAACCUGCGUUAGUAUUCUCUUCGUCGGUUACAUUCUGGGUCAGGUCCCAUCCAACAUGUUCAUCACUCGCACCCGACCAAGUCGUUAUAUGGGAAUCAUGAUGAUGCUCUGGGCCAUUGUGUCCGCGCUUACUGCGGUUGCACACGACUACAUCGGACUCCUCCUCACUCGAUUCUUUCUCGGUCUUACGGAGAGCCCUUACUACCCGCGAGUAUUCCCCUGCGUUCUACUGGCUACGCGCAUUGCCAUUCUUUACACGGGCAAUAUCCUCGCCACUGCAUUCGCCGGCCUGAUUGCCGCCGGUAUCUUCCAUGGCAUGGAUGGCCUUGCGGGCCUGGCAGGCUGGAAGUGGCUCUUCAUUCUGCAGGGUGCCGUCACCUUCGUCAUUGCUCUUGUUGGUUUCUUCUUAUUGCCAGAUACGCCACUUACCACCAAGUGGCUCACUCAAGAGGAGCGAGAUCUUGCCUACAACCGGAUGGAGCUGGAUACUGUCGACAACAAGGGAGAAACCGAUACACUUAGCGGGCUCAAGCAGGCUGCGAAAGACCCUCUUGUGUGGAUCUUUGCCUUCAUGGCACAUCUGCAUCUAGCAGCUAAUGGGUUUAAGAACUUUUUCCCGACCGUUGUUAAGACUCUAGGCUUCAACCAGACCAUUACCCUUGUUCUGACUUGCCCUCCUUAUCUGAUCGCAGGAGCUGUCACUAUCUUGGUCUCCUGGUCAUCCGGGAAGUUCAAUGAAAGGACAUGGCAUAUUACAGCAUCCAAGGCUGUAGCCACCAUCGGGUUCGUGGCCGCCGGCGCUACUCUGAACCUUGCAGGCCGAUAUGUGUCCAUGGUUAUUUUUACGAUUGGCACUUACGGAGUCAACUCUCUCAUUUUGGCUUGGUGCGGCAGCGUCUGUGGUCAAACAAAAGAGAAGAAGGCUGUGGCCAUCAGUAUCGUGACCAUGAUUAUGAACAUCUCCUUCGUCUGGACGCCUUAUCUCUGGCCUUCCAGCGAUGAGCCCCGGUAUCUCAUUGCCAUGGCGAGUUCGGCAGCUUUCAGCGUUGCUACAGCACUUACGGCCUGGGUCGCUAGGAUUAUCUGCCAGAGAAAGAACAAGGAAAUCAGGGCUCGGGAGGAUGAGACCACAAACUUUUAUGUGUACUAA